AGGCUGUUCCUGGGCAAAUCAAGGAGUGGGGAAUGACAGUGUUUGCCAAAAGAUGGAGUCAGGGAUGAACUUUUCUAGACCAGAGAUCUCCUCCAUCGCUCCCAGUGUGGUGUCUUUCUACGGCAGAAACCAUGCAGUGCUGUCUGGUUCUAACCUCAGUGAUGUGACCAGAGUGAGGAUCCAAGCAGACAUGGACUGCACUCCACAAGAAUCUCCUGUGUGGAACAACACUGGUGUGAAACUGACGUUCCACAUUCCCAGUGCCGAUAAUAAAGGCGUGGUCAAAGUAUGUGUUCUCCUCCCAGACGGUAGUUGCCAUGGCAAUGCUACAAUCACCUACCGGUCAUCCCCAUCCUGCACCCACAUUGUACCAAGCAGCACCUGGAUCAGUGGGAAGAGGAAUAUCACUCUCAUGGGAUCCCACCUGGAGUUUGUGGAAGGGGUCACGCACAGCCACGCCCCGCAGGAAGUCAGACCUCCUAAGAACAGGAACCAUCAGAGUCUCACCUAUGACACACCUGCAGCUGAAAAAGAUAUUUCUACUAGCACUGUGUUUCUGAAAGUAGCCAAUGAAACCUUGGCCUGCCUACCAAUGACCUACUAUCCAGAGCCUGAGUUCACUAGCUUCACAUCCACAAGGACAGGGGACGAUGUGCACAUCAUCAUACAGAAAAAGGCAGACAAACUGGAGAUGACCGUAGCAGAGUUAGAGGUGUGGGGCGUUGAGGAAGAAAAACAACACCCCUGCAUCAUGGAAACCAAAGCAACCAGUAAUGAGACUGACUUUUUCAUCUGUGAGAUUAAAAGGACACCUGAUGCUACGUUUCAGCACUUAAAAAUAAGGUAUGGUGACAAGACCGUUACACUCGGACCUCCAUCUUUAGUACAUCGGGUCCUUACGAUACUGCGUUUUCUGCUGAUACCCUGUAUUAUGUCAGUAUUGGUGGCUCUCUGUCUAUGGCAAAGGAAGCUCACUGCUAAAGCCAACAAGCUGGGACCAUCCGCCAAACCUUAUGAAUGUUUUGCUACUCCAUUUUCAAAAUAG